AUGGGAAAAGAACUAAAAGCGUUGAAGCAAGGCCCGAUCCGCAUCGCAGCCCCGAUUUUUAAACUGUGGAUAUCCUCUAGGCUGGAGGGAGCCACAGCCACAAAGGGGGGAAGAAAGAAAAGAGAGAGAAGGGCGGAGGAAGGCAGAGAGACAGGAGUCCAGAUCAUUGGGCUUUCACGCUCUCACGAUCCUCUGUGCGCCACCACCGGCCAGGUGCUCCUCUUUCUGUUAUCAUCGUGGGGGGCACGGUAUUUCUGUCAUCGCUCUCCCUGCCUGUUCACAACCAAAGGUAUGUUUGGCGAUAGUCGUCUUUAUCUCUCCCCCUCCUCUUCCGUUCCUUUUUCCUUUCUUUCGGUUGCGAUCCCACAGGACUGUUUAGUGUUUCAUUUCCCUUUACCCUUCACUUUCCAAUUUCACCCAACCACCCCCUGGCUCAACACCCAUGGGAGGGAAACGCACUCUUUCGCAAUCAACUGCCUCUCCCCCAACAAUUCCCUGUGA